UCGUUCAUCGUUCUCCUCUUCUCUGUUGCAGAGGCUGCAACAUCUCGAAGUCCCCAUCUCGAACUCGAAGUCUCCUCUUCUCGGCUUCCUCUUCUCCUUGUCUCCCGUCCCUGGACAUAGCUGCCUCCCCGGACUGGGCUUUGGGAUGGAGGGACUGAAGGUAUCUGAUGCGAAUUUGGUGGUGUACGUUCACCCGUCUAAGAGUCGGAGGGUCUCUCAGGCCAUCCUCCGCGAGCUUAGCUCCCUGCUCUUCAAGUUUCAUGAAGUUUUUGAUGGUGUAGUAUUGGCUUAUGACGUUGAAAUUGUCGAUAAAAUUGCAAAGAUUCUUCCAGGCAUCCAUCCAUACUUUGGAGUCAGAUUAAAUGCAAAGUUGUUGCUUUUUUCUCCCAAGCCGAAUAUGCUAGUAGAGGGGAAAGUAGUGAAACUCACACAAGAAUCCAUUCAUAUUAUUGUUCUUGGCUUUGCAUCUGCUGUCAUAAUCAGCGAAGAUAUCCGCGAAGACUUCAGAUAUAAAAAUAAAAAUGGUAAAGAAUUGUAUCGCAGCAGAAGUCAGAAGCAUCACUCAAUAAAAGUUGGAACGAUGAUACGUUUCAUGGUCAAAAGUAUGGAUGAGGAAAUAUUGCACAUUUAUGGUUCUUUACUUCCAGCCCACACAGGAAGCAUCAGUUGGCUGGAUAAGAAUUCUACAGAAAUAUCUACUACUGACAGUAGAAAGAGAGUGAACGAGAGUCGGGGCCUGUUGGAGGGGCAAGCUACGAAGGAGCUCACCCCCAUUAACAACAUGAUUACAAAGUCGAAGAAGCGGAGAAUUGUGGAAGAGCCUUAAAGGCAAUAUGCAUGUUCUGAUUUAGAAAUUCAUUUUUUCGAGAGUCAGGCGGGCCUUACUACUGUCCGUUGAACCUGCUUCUCCAAUAAAAUUGAUGGAUAACGGAUUCAUUACUGCAGGAGGUUACCGUGCUUCUCUUCCAGCAGAGACAUUGCAGUCACAGUACAAAAGGCAGAGAAGAGAGUGCAAUCUACCUACGGAUUGCAGUUGGUGGGCAAAAAUCUUGUCAUAUUUAUCAUGAUAACAUCAAAUAUUCAAGUCAUAGUCACCAUGUAUGAUCGUGCAAUUGUUCAAACUCCCCAAUGUAUACGACUGGUAGUUUUAUCAAAUCAUAUUACUUUCUUUAGCCAGUUACCAAGGAGUGCUUAUAAUCACAGAUCUUCUGAGUUAGGUGAAUCGAACUUCUGCUUGUUUCUUUUCUUUUUCCGGGAGGGGGGAAUAUCACGUAUCAAUUAGAUUCUUUGUUGGAUCAUAAUCUAUCUUUUGGAGCGGCUUGAGAGAUCUGUAAAACAGUUUGAAUCAAUGAUCAAUCAUCACCAGAGCAUCAAA